CUGCGCGUACGCAUCGCGUAACGUUAUAUAGAAGUCAGUUUGCGACCGACCGCCGGCGGGACAGAACGUCAGUGGGAUUUAAAAUUAAAUUUAAAUAAAAUAAAUGGAACGGAUUUAGUGUUUGUGUGUGUUGUGUGAUCUUGUGAUUUUUUUUAACGUGCUUUUGACAAUCACAAUGCAAGGUCGUGACAAAUUGUGCGCUAAGCUAACGAGUGCAUUCCUCAGGAAGUGGUGGUUCGUGCUGGCCUCCGCGGUGGUGCUGCUCCUCCUCGGUAUAAUAUGCGCAAUAUUCUUCAGUACCUGGGUCCGGAUGUUCAUAGACCAUGAGCUGGUGCUCCGCCCCGGUUCGAUGACCUUCGAGUGGUGGGCGAAGCCCCCUGUCCGUCCGUUCGUCCGCGUCUACGUGUACAACGUGACCAACGCUGACGAGUUCCUCAACAACGGUUCCAAGCCCAUUCUGGAUGAAUUGGGCCCUUAUGUGUAUUCCGAGGAAUGGGAGAAGGUGAACAUUACGGACAACGAAAAUGGCACUCUAUCAUUCCACUACAAGAGGACGUACACGUUUAUGCCUGAACUGAGUUCCGGUCCCGACGACGACUCGGUCGUCGUGCCCAACAUACCUAUGUUGAGCGCAACAUCACAAUCAAAGAACGCUGCGCGCUUCCUCCGCCUCGCCAUGGCUUCGAUCAUGGAUAUCCUCAAGAUCAAACCGUUCGUCGAGGUUUCCGUGGGUCAACUGCUAUGGGGUUACGAAGACCCUCUUCUAAAACUGGCCAAGGACGUCGUGCCCAAAGAACAGAAACUGCCCUAUGAGGAAUUUGGUCUCUUUUAUGGGAAAAACGGCACAUCACCAGAAGAAGUUACCAUGUUCAGUGGAGCAUCGGACAUCACGAAAUACGGCCUAUACGAGCGCUACAAUUACAGGGAACGCCUGCCUCACUGGACGACUGAUGAGUGUAACAGCAUCUCAGGGUCCGAUGGUUCCAUCUUCCCGCCUCACAUCAGUAGAAACGAUACCCUAGCUGUUUACGAUAAGGACCUUUGCAGACUUCUACCUCUGAGAUACUUAAAAGAUGUGGAGUCUUCGGCCGGCGUCGAGGGCUACAGGUUCACACCCCCAGAAGACGUCUUCGCUAAUGACGAACACAAUAAAUGCUACUGUCCCGCUGGAGCUCCCUGUUCUCCGAACGGACUCUUCAACGUAUCUCUGUGUCAAUAUGAUUCCCCCAUAAUGCUGUCGUUCCCCCACUUCUACCUCGCCGACCCUCGUCUCCGGGAGGCGGUGGAGGGCGUCUCCCCCCCGGACCCCGAGGCACACAGACUGUACAUCGAUAUUCAACCCGAAAUGGGCACAGCGAUGCGUGCCCGAGCCCGCAUACAAAUCAACUUAGCGGUUUCUCAAGUCGUUGACAUUAAGCAAGUUGCCAACUUCCCGGACAUCAUCUUUCCCAUACUGUGGUUCGAGGAGGGUAUCGACGAGCUGCCGGAGUCGGUGUCGUCCAUGCUGCGGUUGGCCACCCGCGUGCCGCCCGUGGCGCGGCUGGUGCUGGGCGCGGGGCUGGGCGCGCUGGGCCUGCUGCUGCUGCUGCUGGCCGUCACCUGCCUCAUACGAUCCUCACAUCGUCAAAGUACGUUGAGGCUGGAAGGUCACGCGGUCGCAAAACCGCCACCAGCUAAAACUCCGAGCAAAGAAAACGGCUACGAACUCAAUAAUAGAAGAUAACGUGGAAAUACAUGUUUAAUAUGUAAAUAGUGUGUGUGACUACCCUCGACUACGACAUGACUACGAACUGACUACCUUUUAAAACAUAAUUAGAAAAAAAACUACUAAGUUACAAGUGAUAUGCUAGUAGUUUAGAAACAGGUAAAAUUGUUUACUGUAUGACAACGACCUGACUACCUUGUAGUACUUAAUUCGAGAUAAAACUACUAACUUAAAGAAAUGUAAAUUAUUGAAUUUUUGACUACCAUUAGACUAUAGUCUGACUACUUUUUUAAAGUUUCAGUAAAAAACUCCCUACACAAGUCACAUACACUAGUAGUUUAAAGAUGGAUAGUUUUUUUUUUAUUUUUUUUAUUUUUACACUAUCGACGGGAAAAAUGACGUAUACAUUUUUUUAAUUUAGCAUUUUUACUCGUUAAGGAAACCACCUUGUAACGUCGUUUUAUUAUUAGUUUUUUAUUUUAUUUUUUUAUUUUUACUUUCUUCCAAU